ACGGUUUCGCGUGAGCGACAUGAAAUAUGGCAGGAUUUUCGACAAGUCCCCUAAUUAUCGGAUCACUAAUGGUAACACUCGAUAUCUGGGUCCUCCAGAUCCUUGGAAGGAUUGCACUGGUCUCGUACUCUGCGUUACAAAACGCCGCAACAUACGGCAACUGUUGUUCCUGCUCUCGGGAGCCAUCACCGCUUGGUACAUAAGCCAGUCCAUGAAAGAGAAGAAGAUUGUGGAAUAUCGUUUCGACUUGCACAAAUACACGGAAACACAACGCUUCAACAUUCGCGAAAUAGACAUCAGUGUACCGAGGACGAAGGUAGUGUUGUCGCACACGGAAUUCAAACCCAAAGACACUGAUGAGUCCAUUGUAAAGCAAAUCUUUCUGUUGUAUCCAAAGCGAAAGCAGCCGCGUAUUUUAUGCUACCUCAAUACUCACCCACGUAACUAUGGCGCGAAAGCAAUACAUACGCAUUUCACAUGGGCGCGAAGAUGUACCAAACAUUUGUAUACAAGCACCAAGGAGGACCCUGUGCUACCAAUCCUGAAACUCAAUCUAUCUGCACCGGAGACAAGAAGCCACCUAUGGAGCAAGAUGCGAGUCGUGCUGCGUCAAAUUUAUCAGUACGUGGAAGAAUUUGAAUUUUUCCUCAAAGGAGAUGACGACACAUUUGUGAUCAUGGAAAACCUACUGGCGAUAUUACGAAAACAAUCACCAGAUGAUCCAUUCAUGAUGGGUUACUGGUAUCCUGUAAGUUUAACCGAAAGUGACUGCAAUUUUGGCACGGAAGGAAUAGUAAUUUAAAAUUGUUUAACGUGAGAAAACCUGCUUACUUUUAACUAGUUAAUAGGCAAAUGCACGACUUAAGCAAUGCGUGCUAUGCACAGCAGCGAGUGAGACCCAUUAUCUAUCGGCUGUAAGUGCAAAAAGUACGCUCAGACGUAAUCAUACAACCCGCUUUAUCCAAUCAUCCUUUGAGUAAGGAAAUGAGUUUAGGUAAUCCAGAGUGUCGCCUCCACCUUCUUGGUUGUUUCGACAACAGGUCAGGUUCGUCAAACAGGAUGUGGUGAUCAGUUAACUCGGGUCCUUCUAUACACCCGACUGGUUAGUUAGGUGCAUUGUCAAAUUCGCUUGAGUAACCCAAUCAGUGUAACUGAGGGCACAAAGUGUUUCCGUGGAAGGGAGUGGCUGUAAGUGAUCUGAGUAACGAUUGCAGACUUUCACUUAAUUCCACAGCAUAUCGUCAAGUGCAGCAAGCAGGUGAAAUGCAGCAUUUAUUUGUAAUCGGAUUUGUGUGGUACUGUUUGUUAAUGAAAACGGAAAUCGCUUGAGCUUUUGUUAUUCCCUGUGCAUCUCGAAUCUUGUGUCAAACCAAUCCAUGACCAAGUCAGUACCACCAAUGUGUUAAUAGCUAGUUGGUUUAACGAAGAUGAUCAGCACGGCGUAGGCCGGUAGGAGGUGAAGCAAUGAAAGCUUGAGAACCCUACCCCAUGUGGAGACAGAUUCAAUGACUGGCUCUUCCGCUUCACAGCUUUUACCAUACACGAAACCCAGUUGUGAAUAAUGCACUGUAGUCCAUUCCAACUGACUGCCGUAUGCGUAAUCCGCCUGAUGGCAAUCCUCUACACCAUUUGUUAUGGUACCCGAAUGAACCGCCAUGACCUUAGAAGCACAUCAGUGUUCCUGAGAUCGCGCCGAAAGUACCAAGAACGUCAGUUUUCCUUGCAAGCCAUGGGCCUUAAAAUGCCAUCUAUGCCGGCCUAGACCCACAGCCGCCUGCUCGGGCAGAUGGAUAUACCCUUUAAUUUACUUCCAUAUAUGGCAGUUUUAGAGAUUUUGAUUGUUAUAUACCUAAGUACCGAUACUAUCUGCUUGCUUACCAGCUUCCAUGGCGUUAAAAGCAUAGACUACAAGUUAUGUACGACAUUCUGGUUGGUACCAAGGCCAACAAUGUCUGCCAUCAACUUGUCUAGUCUGCGCUCAUUAUCACUGAACUUCAAACCGUUUCGCACUUGAGGUUCGUUCCAAAUUGCCCAUGACCUAGUUAGCAGAACCGAUACACUUGUUUCUUCAACAGAAUCAGGUAAAGGAUAUUUAACUAUUUGUUAUCUUUUUAUAUAAAAUUCGCUAGUUUUAGGAUACUUCUAUCUACACACGAUACAUUUUUGCAUGGCACAUGAUUUAAAAAUGGGCGGUACGUAAAUCCUUAAAUUUUCAAACUGGUGAAAUUAUCUCGGAUAAGGCUAACAGACAUCAAGAAUGUAGGACCCCUUCUUGCUGAUAUGACAUAUAUAAUGCAUGCAUUAGUUGUUAUACUUUCAUGCUAUAAAUAGGCCGAGCAUUGGACUGGAGGCAAGAUUAAGCUGAAAGGCUGCAGAUGGUUCGGCGUAGUAAUACGAAGCUUUGUCGUAAAUGUUCGCAUCAACGCAAUGUUUGUACGGUUGUAUUAUGAUCGAAACGAUCACAGAUUGAGCACCUAAAAUCAUGUAGGAAUUGAGAGCGAAUAAUACUUGGAACCUUCGUUGUGUAAUAAUUGUUAGUUGCUCAGUUUUUCCAUUCUCUUCAGUUAUCAGCGUGUACGCAAUUUCAUCCAUAAAAACACAGUCGAUCACUCGGGGUGGAUACUUCUCCGGCGGCGCAGGCUAUGUGUUGUCGCGAUCCGCACUAAGGAAGUUGGUCGAAGAAGCACUUGACAAAAAUCGCUACUGCCCCACUUUCGAUGAAGACAAAGAAGACGCAAAGAUUAGUGAGUACCGAUGUAUUACUUGAAUACCACAGCGGUUAAAAUAGUAGGCUAUCAUAGUAAAAGGCUGUGCUCCCAAAAUGACGGAUUAUGUUGUGUAGAGAUUUACAAGUUUUAGGAGAUCAAAGGGCAAUUGCGUAUAGAAUGUCAGCUAUAUAGAACUGAGCUUGUAGUCAUGGACAUCUAUUUCCUUGGGCUCAUUAUCGGGAGUGGAAAUAAAAUAGCAGGUUAAUUACUAACAAAAACACAACGGUAUCACAAGUGCUUGGGGUUUGUGUUCAGUACACUCACGGUUUGGGAAAUAUGGUUCAUGUAACAACUAGAAACGGAUAAGCAGAUAAAGUUAUAAUGUAAUAACAUAACAAAGCAGGAGACACCCGGGGAUCUAAUAUGCUUCAAAUCAUUUGGUCACCCGUGUUUAUGGGAAUCAUGCUAAUGUGUUGAAUAACUUCAGUUCCUCGAUACGGUAUAUAAACAAGUAAAUGGCGUAGGAGAUAAGAAUAUUAGAAAGAGGACAGGCAUAGGGAGAAAAUCGGAGGUAAGAAAAUAAAGGGAGAACUGACGACACGAUGAGCUCAGAUGGAGAACCGUCUUAAUUACCAUUGACAGUAACCCUAUGAUAUAACGGUCGUUCAGAGUAAGAUAAUAGCAAAAGCUAAACAAUAGUUUAAGCAGAAGACAAAAGCAUAUUACCCGUCCGAACACACUGUACUCCAUGACGCGUUUCGACUUAACUUGAUCUCAUCUCGUAGAGAUAGUAGGCCAAGCGUUGCCCGUCGUGAGCCGGUGGCUUGGGGGUAGAAGUCCCAAUUAACAUCCCAAUGGUCUUCAGUUCGAGGCCUGCUAUCUCCGCUAGAUGCGAGUACAUGUGAUCGAAACGCGUCGUGAGGGUUAAAAUGACUUGUUCCCCUGGUAACUGGGGUUGAUAGUUCCUGGGUUCACGUGUUUGGGAAAUAUGAGCGAUUGAUCAACUUGGUCGCUAACGGUCCCGAACUCCGGGCUAGAUCUAUUGCUCAACACACCUUAAAUAGCGCUACAUGUCAAUGUCCUUGUGAUUCGUUUCAAGUAAUUAGUCUACAGAGUAAUGCCUGAUUGUUUCAGUUUACCGAAGCCACAACUAUUCGGCGGCUAAUGCCAAACUUGUGCAAGAUGACUAAACUUACAGCCAGUCUCGCCUUACCUUGGUAGGCUCACUGAGCGUUUUUCUUUGAAAUGAAUGAUCUUGUACAUUGUUUCCCUAUUGUGCGCAAGGGGAUAAUUCCAAGAAUAUAUGCAAACAGUUGACGAGAACAUUCGAAAUACCUGAAUCCAAAGUAACCUGAAAGUGUUUAUUCUGCUUGCUAUUUUGAAACUUGUGAAGGGAAAAUCCUGUAUGAAAUAUCGAACUAGUAGUUUGAGAGGCAUGAUACAGCAGUUAACAGAGCAGCUCAGCUUAGCAAUAAAACGCAGAGUGGAGAAUACUCGGAAGACAAAAGGUGAGACAUUAAAGAAGAGGUUGAUGAAAUUGACUUACGACAAUCGCAGAAAUAACCACGAGGACUGGAUCCAAAAACUAUCCAAUCGGCCACUUUCCGUAGCAGCAAAACAAGUCCUCACCAAAAGGCUCAAAUACAACUUCAAGGAUGAUAAGACUACACAGAGUUCCUGUCCGGAUGCGAAAGCGCAACCCAGCGGGUUUGAAGACGAUACGCAGAAACAACUAAGAUAUCCAAGUAUUCCAGUUAUAGCACUGAACAAACAGCACAAUUCUCUAUCGCAACAAGAAAGGUCUUCAAUAACAGCCCCGAAAGGCGAUGAAUCCAUUGUCGUUUUACCUGCGGACAAGGGGCGCGUGAUGGUUACAUUGGAUAAAGCUGAUCAUGUUG